GUCACGCUGCAUCCCCCUCCUCCUCCCCCGUCCUUCUGCUGCUGCUCCAUCCUUCUCCUUUUCCUUCUUCUUCCUCUUCUUCUGCCGCUGCUGCUGAUGCAGGAGCGUGAAUAGGGUGCUAGAGCAGCGGGCAUCGCGUGGGUGGACUCCUCACUCACUCCCCCUUUACUUCUCCUCCUCCUCCUUCUCACCACCACCACCACCACUCGUCAGAGAGAGACGGAGAAUUGUAGUAGUGAUAGUAGCAGUGCUUUCCUGCCUACCUGCUUUCCCCUUCCCGCAUCUCUCGCUUCGUUUCACUUCUGUAUUCGAUACUCCCCCCACCUGUUGCUACGUUCUGUGUGUCCCUCCCGCUAGUGCUUCUCCAUCAUGCCCGCCUUGCAUGGAGAGCGUCUCUUCACCUUCGAGGAGGGCGAGCAAGAGAGCGAGUAUGGCUAUGUCCGCAAGGUGUCCGGGCCAGUGGUGGUGGCUGAUGGAAUGGGAGGAGCAGCCAUGUACGAGUUGGUCCGUGUAGGACACGAUAAGCUGAUUGGAGAGAUUAUUCGUCUUGAGGGUGAUUCAGCUACCAUUCAAGUCUACGAAGAGACAGCAGGCUUGAUGGUCAAUGAUCCGGUUUUAAGGACACGCAAGCCUCUUUCAGUUGAGCUUGGUCCAGGUAUAUUGGAGAACAUCUUUGAUGGAAUUCAGCGACCUUUGAAAGCUAUUGCACUUCAGUGUCAAGAUGUGUACAUCCCUCGUGGAGUUGCAGUACCUGCUCUCGAUAGGAAAAGACAAUGGGAAUUCAAACCUAAAGGCUUGAGUAUUGGUGAUGCGAUUACGGGAGGUGAUUUAUACGGAACUGUUUUUGAGAACAGUUUGAUCGAACAUCACCUCGGAUUGCCACCUGGUGCUAUGGGGAAAAUCACCUAUAUUGCUCCUGAGGGAGAGUACUCUAUACAGGAUGAAGUUAUUGAACUGGAGUUCCAAGGAGAAAAGAAAAAGUUCACCAUGCUUCAGGCCUGGCCUGUGCGCACACCAAGACCUGUUGCUGAGAAGCUGGCAGCUGAUACUCCGUUGCUCACUGGUCAGCGUAUACUGGAUGCUCUAUUCCCUUCUGUUCUUGGAGGUACUUGCGCCAUUCCUGGUGCAUUUGGAUGUGGAAAGACUGUCAUUAGUCAAGCGCUCUCUAAGUACUCCAACUCCAAUGCAGUUGUUUACGUCGGCUGUGGAGAGCGUGGAAAUGAAAUGGCUGAGGUGCUGAUGGAUUUUCCACAACUGACGAUGACCUUACCCGACGGUCGGGAGGAGUCCGUCAUGAAGCGUACUACGCUUGUGGCCAACACAUCAAACAUGCCUGUGGCUGCUCGUGAAGCAUCUAUUUAUACAGGCAUUACUUUAGCAGAGUACUUCAGAGAUAUGGGGUAUAAUGUCAGUAUGAUGGCUGACUCUACGUCUCGCUGGGCAGAGGCCCUUCGAGAAAUUUCUGGACGACUUGCUGAGAUGCCUGCGGACAGUGGUUACCCAGCUUACCUAGCUGCAAGAUUAGCUUCUUUCUAUGAAAGAGCAGGGAAAGUUAAGUGUCUGGGGAGCCCGAACCGGACUGGUAGUGUUACCAUUGUUGGAGCUGUUUCACCUCCUGGUGGAGACUUCUCAGACCCUGUAACUGCAGCUACUCUUGGUAUCGUUCAGGUGUUUUGGGGACUUGACAAGAAACUUGCACAACGUAAACAUUUUCCAGCUGUGAAUUGGCUCAUUUCGUAUUCAAAGUACACCCAGGCUCUUGAAGGUUUUUAUGAGAACUUUGACUCUGAUUUUAUUGGGAUUAGAACAAAAGCUAGAGAGGUGUUGCAGCGAGAAGAUGACUUAAAUGAAAUUGUGCAGCUUGUUGGUAAAGAUGCCUUGGCAGAAACAGAUAAAAUUACUCUGGAAGUUGCUAAACUCUUGCGUGAGGACUAUUUGGCUCAGAACGCUUUCAGCACUUAUGAUAAAUUUUGCCCAUUUUAUAAGUCGGUGUGGAUGAUGCGCAACAUUGUCCACUUCAACACUCUUGCCAAUCAGGCUGUUGAGCGAGCUGCUGGUCCGGAGGGGCAGAAAAUUACGUACAACAUCAUCAAGCAGCGCUUGAAUGAUCUCAUCUAUCGUCUUGUAUCCAUGAAGUUCGAGGAUCCCUCCGAUGGUGAAGAUGUUCUGACUGAGAAAUACAAGAAGCUGUAUGAUGAUUUGACGGCCGGGUUCAGGAAUCUCGAGGACGAAUAUCGCUAACUUGCGAGACUACAUAAGUUUCUCUUUUAGGCACUGCUAGAUGAGUGUUCCAAUACUUUCGUGUAAAGCGAAUUCUUGUAAUGGUGUGCAAUAUAUGAAUAGAUUAUCUGCCGCAAAUAAC